CGUCGAGCUUACCGAGCUUGAGAUUUGAGAGAGCGUCCAUGGUUCCCGUCAAGAGCUGUCCCGGCUCCCGAGUUACUGGUCGUGUUCCUGCAAUAGGACGCCAUUGGGUUACACUCAACCCACCAACCCCUCCAGUGCGCUCCGGUACCCCGGGAGAACCUAGAUCAUGAUGUGGAUCUGCUGCAGUUCGGUUGUCUAGCUUACAGCCAUCCUGCAAACCAGUUGUGAGAAUUGCCCCAACUAUUUAAACGCAGUAUGGUCCUCCGCUAGAACUUGACCGAGACGGAAGUUCCUUGAGUCUGCCCCAAGUUGCCAACCUGUGCAGAGAUUAAACCGGUUUGCUUCGUGGCCAAUAUGUUGACAAUCAACAUCUUUGCUGCUACUGUCAGCCUGGCUGGCUCGGCGGCGGCCUUCUACACGGGCAACAUCAACUACUUCUCCCCCUCGCAGCAUCAUCCGUCGCUGGGAGUGUCUAUCCGCAAGGUCGCAGCCCGCACGCAUACCGCGUCUCCCUGGUCCGCAGAUAAGCUCAACUUCACUCACGGCGUUGCCAGUGGCGACCCGCUCGAGGACUCGGUCAUUCUCUGGACCCGCGCAGCACCCACCUUUGACAACGACGGCAGCAACGUCACUGUCUCUGGCUACGUCGGCCUCUACAGCCACGAGACGGACGCCUACGUCAGAGCCAGCAAGGCACCGGUCUGCGUCGACUGGAGGGUCUCGAACAAGAAGGAUCUGUCCCACGCUGUCUCUUCGGGCAGGGCGUACACCAGUUCGGAUAUUGACUUCACUGUCAAGGUCGAGGCAAGGGGUCUCAAGCCGUUCACUCAGUACUGGUACCAGUUCAACAUCUGCGACUCCAACAAGGCCAGCCCGCUGGGCCGGACCAAGACGAUCCCCAGGAAGAAGGACAAGACUCACACUCCCAUCAAGUUUGCCAUCUAUUCGUGCAACAACUACCCCUUCGGCUUCUUCAACGCCUACGGCAACCCCGUUCGGAAGGAUUCGGUCGACUACGUCAUCCACCUCGGCGAUUACAUCUACGAGUACAAGAACGGCGACUACGGGUGGGGCAACUCCUACGACCGCAUCCCGCUGCCGGAUCGCGAGAUCUAUACUCUCUAUGACUACCGCAAGAGGAUCGCCACGUACCGCACGGACCUGGAUCUCCUCGCGAGUCAUCAGCAAUUCCCGUGGAUUCCCGUCUGGGACGACCACGAGGUUGCUGACAACACGUAUCACGAUGGGAGCUCCGAGUUGAACAACACCGAGGACUCCUUCGUCAGGGACGGCGGUGUGGCCGUCGACCAGCGCAAGAUGAACGCUGUUCGCGCCUACUUUGAGUGGAUGCCCAUCCGCCAGGUCGACAUGGACGACAACCUCCGCAUCUGGCGCGACUUCCAGUUCGGCGACCUGCUCGACCUCAUCAUGCUAGACACGCGCCAGUACGACCGCAGCAUCACCGACCUGUACUGGAACACGGACUAUGUUCACGCCAUCAGCAACGACGCCAGCCGCUCGCUCAUGGGGCCGCGGCAGGAGGCGUGGUUCUACCGCAAGCUGCGCGAGAGCUCGUCCCGAGGCGCGGCCUGGCGCAUCGUCGGCAACCAGAUCAUCUUCAGCCGCAUGAACGAGAGCCUCGCACUCGGCAGCGAGAACCCGCUCAACUACGACCAGUGGGACGGCUACCAGGCCAACCGCAACCGCACGCUCAACACGCUGUACGAGAACAAGAUCAACAAGACCAUCUUCCUGGCCGGCGACUCACACGCCUCGUGGGUGUCGGACCUCACGUGGCUCGACAACAAGCCCUACGAUCCGAAGACCGGCGCGGGCGCCAUCGGCGUCGAGUUGGCCGGCACGGCCGUGAGCUCGCCCUGUCCCGCCGGCCAGAACAUCAGCCUCGUGGUCGCCAACGCCGGCUCUGCGUGGCUCACCGGCGCCAACAGCGAGCUCCAGUGGCAGGACCUCUACUAUCGCGGCUACUUUGAGCUGUCGGUGGGCUACGACGCCGUCAACGCAAGCUUCUUUGGGUUGCCAUCUGUCACGACACGUAACGGGUAUGAGAUCCCCCUUGCCAACUUCACUGUCAAGCAUGGUGAGAACCGGCUUGAUCGGGGGUUAGGGUCCUUUGCGGCUAAGCAGGUUGAGAGCGGGAACCUCAAGGGGGGAAAGACGGUUGGCACGAACGUGACGCAUGAUACUAGUACUGGGAAAUGGUUUGUGUAUAGCGGGAAAUAGGUGGACGUUGGGGGCAGUACUAGGCAGUACUACUUGUAGCGUGUUAGAGUAUAUACAUACUAAUAUUGAUCAACCUUCCGCUCCCCUUG